GGCUGAGUUGCAACUUACUCUCUUUUAGUUGGAUAUCUUGUUCAGUUUUGAGCUAUGCAUUACAUAUUACCUCUUCAAGAUGUAUGAAUCAAUCUUCUUUCCAACUUUAGGCUUUAUUCCACAGUCAAUUUUAUUAAGACAUGUUUUCCAGAACUACAAAUAUUUAUGUGUGUGCAAAGUGGAAAAAAAACAGAGAUACCUAAUCAGCCUUCAAACAUUUGCGGAUAGAUGAAUGGAUGCAAGAUGGAUUGAUGAAUUCCAUAUUUAGCCCUCAGGAAAGUGGUUUAUAUUAAGGAAUAUGAAACAUGUUCUAGCAAGGAAUAAAGCAUUGCAAUGGACUAAGUCCUAUGUUUUACCAGAGUUUCCCUAUGAUGUCAAAUGCAUGUUAGCAGAACAGAAGUGUCCCGAUCACAGCAUGAGGAUAAGGAUCAUUGAGUUUCUCCAGGCCGACAUGACUAAGUAUCUGGAAGGCUCACUGUAUCCCAGCACCCAGCAGUACAAUGAUGUGGUCAACGCCUUGCUGCAGGCCCACCCUUUCCUGGACGAGGAUGGCUGUGGCUUUUUUUUAUGGAAACGAGCUCUCAAAGAUCGCUUUAAAUAUGUUCGGAGACCCAUAGAAGAUGAUGAACAAGUGAUGAGAAAUAAGUGUAAAUUUGGACACAGAAGAGGCCAGACGAAGAAAUCUCUUACCGAUAUAAGCUUUGAUGAGGUUAAAAUUGUCCAGAUAAAAACAUUUGCCUGGUUUCCAGUUUUUGUUUCUAUGAGCUAUGCUGCUGUGAUCGUUCUUCUUGUAUAUCUUGGUGUACAUGUGCAAGCUCUUUCCAAGGAGAUAUGCGUAGGAGUGGAAUUGCUGGUACCGUGGGAAGAAACUGUUUGUUUAGAUUCUGAGGCAGAUGAACAUAUUAACUGGUUCCAGCAAGAAUAUAUGAAAACAGAAAAGGACUGGAAAGAAAUUGAUAAGAGGAUGAGUCAGACUUUGGAAAUAAGAAGAAAGUUGAUUGGCAGCAGAACACCUCUGAAGGACAUUCUUAAAAUGUUUCCUUUCUUGAAGUGCCCUUAUCAGAUGUUCAGAGAAUUCCAACUUCUUACGAGAACAGAUAUUUAUAAGAAAACAAAGCACAUUCUGGAAUCCUAUUCAGAAAAUAUACUGACUUCUUUUUCAGUGGUGGACAAUCCAAUCAAUAUUGCAUUGCAAGAAAAAAUGAAACAGCACACAGAUGAAGACAUGUUGAAACAUAUGAAGAUGACAGCCACAUGUUUGCUCCUACCAGAUGUUUUUGGGGAUGAUCCCAGCCUUUUUGUCAUUGUGAAUGAGAAGGUGCAAGUUUCCACACCCGUAUUAGAAGUCAAGAAUCCUUUCAAUGUCGAUGUCUGCGAAUUUUCUUUGUAUUUAGAAAAAGAGAAGCUCACAAGGGUAGACGACUGUGUUACGGCCUUGGCUGCUCUCAUAGCUGCCUUCCACGUAUUUGGAGUUGAGUGUCCAAGAAGACUGUCCCAAACCCUCAACUUCCUAGAGACACUGAUUUUUGAUAUGCACAGUCCCUAUUUUCCUUCUAUGAAAGAAAAGUUAAAGGAAGUAGGAUUUCAACACCCAGUUACUUAGUAGCAUGCCAAAUAUUGCAUCAGAACUAAUGAUCUCUGGGACAGCUAAAAUUUUAUUAAAAAAACUGUUUUGACUUAGCAUUGUAGUAG